AUCAGUUAAAAUGUCAAGUAACGGUGGCCCAAGAACCACCAAUAACUUGUCUUUGGGGCACUACAUACAAACUGCACUAACUAACUAAACCACUUUAUCUGAAGUUGGUUGUCUCUAUUCAUUUCUUGAUCUUGUGUGUAAAAACUCUCUGAAAACCCUUCCUCUCUCUUCUCUCUUCUCUCUUCUCUCUCUAUUCCCAUUCUUGGAAAGAAGCAACUAUGGCGAAUCAAGAAAGAAAUACAGAGGCCACCGAUGAUGCAAUAAUGUCAUCUUCUUCGGACUACAAUCUCUAUCUCCCCAUGGACAUCAUCGUCGACAUUCUUCAUCGUCUCCCUGUCAAAUCUCUCCUUCGAUUCAGGUGCGUAUGCAAAACCUUCCGCCACCUCAUCUCAAACCCUACCUUCAUCUACUCCCACCUCCUCCACCACCGCACCACCACCGCCACCAUUUUCACCUUCAAACACCGCACCACCACCUCCCUCUCUGUGUUACAAUCACUCUCAUCGUCUCAAAACCCUAGCAAUCUGGUCCACCCCUUUCCCAACCACACUCGCGACCUACACCUAAUCGGCUCCAUCAAUGGCCUCCUCUGUCUCUGUCUCUCUCUCUCGAACCAUCCACACCAUGGCCAGCGGCGCAUCAUCCUCCUCUGGAACCCCGCUACCAAACUCUUCAAAUCUCUCCCCCCUCCCACCAUCCCAAUUCCUCUUAGGCUUUUCCUUUUCGACCACAACUUUGACGACUCUCUCGGCUUCGGAUUCCAAUUCCAUUCUACUUCGGCCAGCGACUACAAGAUCGUCAGGAUAAUUUCUUUUCGCGCAGUACCGUCCCGAGUCGAGGUCUACUCUGCAAUUUCUGAUUGUUGGAGAGAGAUUCAGGUGAUGGAUUUGCGCUUUUAUAUCCAUAAAUUGUCUUGUGAGAUGAUUGUCAAUGGAGCUCCCUAUUGGUUGCUGUCAACUCCUUCAAAUCGUUGUCUUUGCUUCACAUUUUUUGAUGUUCAAAAUGAGGCUUUUGUCAUGUUGCCGGGGUUUGAUUUUUCUGGGUUCUACAUCGGGACUCUUGUCCACUGGAAACUAAUGGAUUGGAAAGAUAAUGCUGCUGUGGUUGUGUGUUGUCCUGGCAACCCAUUUUUUGAUGUGUGGAUGAUAGAGGAUCGUUGUGGCGGUGAGAGCAAUUGGUGUAAGAAAUUUGUGAUUGGACCGGUUUUCGGUGUUGAAAUGCACGAAGAAUGGUGAGAUUGUCGUCGCAGAUGCAUGGGAAAGGAUAUUCUUGUACAACCCCCGAAAUGGAGAGACUAAAGAUAUUCCAAUUCAUGGAGUUCAGUUCGAAGCUUUUCACUAUGUAGAGAGUUUGGUUUCCAUCGAAGGAUUCAGACAACAAGAACUGAACAAUCAGCACUGAUGUUCUACAAAGGUCAAUUCAUCACUCAAUCAGAUAAAUAACUCGAGCAUUUGUUUAUGCUACUUACUGCAAUGCAUUUGGUUUAUGGAAGGCUAUUGUCCUUUACAGUUUACAUAGCAUUGGAAAUUAGUUUUUUUGUGCUUUUGGUAGCAUAUGAAUGACACAGAUAAUUGUAAUUGGUUUUCAAUUUAUCAUAAUU